AGACAAGACAAGAACCACAUUUCAGUCAAGAGUGGCAGAAAAGUCUGAGAACUCGCCUUCUUCUAAUCAUCUGAGUUGAAUUUUCUGAGGGAUCAUCCAGUGAGUCUUAGCUAUAAUUCUGCUCAUAUCUCCUUGCCCAGAACCUUAUACCAACGGGCAUGGCAUACCUUUACCUGCCUGUUUUCAUAUUCUUGCUGUCCAUGGCUUGUUCAUGCCAAUCCGACGACAGGCUAACACCUGCAAAGCCACUCCUGCCGGGCGACAUGUUGAUCUCACAUGGUGGAGUCUUUGCUCUCGGCUUCUUCUCCCUGACAAACUCAAGUUCGAGUUCAUAUGUCGGCAUAUGGUACAACAACAUCCCUGAGCGCACAUACGUGUGGAUCGCCAACCGCGACAACCCAAUCACUACAGAUGUGCCAGGGACGAAGCUAGCUUUUACCAACAGUUCUGACCUUGUCUUGUUAGACUCCACAGGCCACACUAUCUGGAUGACGAGAAGCAGCAUCAGUGCAGGAGGCGGUGGAACUGCUGCCGUCGUCCUGCUCGACUCGGGGAACUUGGUUAUCCAGUCGAUAGAUGGUACUGCCAUAUGGGAGAGCUUUGAUCACCUGACCGACACCGUCAUCCCUGGUGUAAGUUUAUCGUUGAGCUCGUCUGAUGCUGCUGCUAGUGCUAGGCGCCUUGUUGCCUGGAAGGGGCCUGAUGAUCCAUCCAGCGGCAACUUCUCCAUGGGUGGCGACUCAAGCUCAGAUCUCCAGAUUGUCACUUGGAAUGGGACGAGGCCAUUCUGGCGGAGAGCUGCGUGGGGUGGUGAGGUGACAUUCGGCACAUUCGAGGACAACACCAGCUUCACGAUGUACGAAACAAUAACAGGCGGCACAGGGGAUGACUACUACAUCAAACUCACCGUCUCUGAUGGCGCACCGAUCAUACGCGUAAGCCUGGAUUACACGGGCUUGUUUACCUACCGAAGAUGGAACCUCAAAACAUCCUCUUGGACAGUCUUUGUACAAUUCCCCAGUUCAGCCUGUGACCGUUAUGCCUUCUGUGGCCCGUUCGCCUACUGUGAUAGCACUGAGACUGUUCCGUCUUGCAAGUGCCUUGAUGGGUUUGAGCCCAUUGGUCUUGAUUUUUCCCAAGGAUGUCGGAGAAAGGAGGAGCUCAAAUGUGGUGAUGGAGAUACAUUCUUAACCUUGCCCACCAUGAAGACUCCUGACAAGUUCUUAUACAUCAAGAAUAGAAGCUUUGACCAGUGCACUGCAGAGUGCAGCAACAACUGCUCCUGCACAGCGUAUGCUUAUGAUAACCUGCAAAAUGUUGACUCGACGAUUGACACAACAAGGUGCUUGGUCUGGAUGGGGGAGCUUAUCGAUGCUGAGAAGUUCGGUAACACAUUUGGUGAGAACCUGUAUCUCCGGGUCUCCAGCUCACCAGUAAACAAGAUGAAGAACACUGUACUAAAGAUUGUACUGCCGGCUAUGAUUACUUUUCUUCUUUUAACCACAUGCAUAUGGCUUCUAUGCAAGUUAAGAGGGAAACACCAAACAGGGAAUGUUCAGAACAAUCUACUAUGCUUGAAUCCUCCCAACGAAUUUGGGAAUGAAAAUCUAGAUUUUCCAUCAUUCAGCUUUGAAGACAUCAUCAUUGCAACAAACAAUUUCUCUGAUUAUAAGUUGCUUGGGGAAGGUGGUUUUGGAAAAGUUUACAAGGGAGUGUUGGAAGGUGGCAAGGAAGUCGCUGUCAAAAGGCUUAGUAAGGGUUCUGUGCAAGGGAUUCAGGAGUUUAGAAAUGAAGUUGUUCUGAUUGCCAAACUGCAGCACAGAAACUUAGUCAGACUCCUUGGUUUCUGCAUUCAUGAAGACGAGAAGUUACUUAUCUAUGAGUACUUACCUAACAAAAGCUUAGAUGCUUUCCUUUUUGAUGCUACAAGAAAAUCAUUGCUUGAUUGGCCAGCCCGGUUCAAGAUAAUUAAAGGGGUGGCAAGAGGGAUUCUUUAUCUCCACCAAGAUUCUAGACUAACAAUAAUUCAUAGAGAUCUCAAAGCAAGCAACAUCUUGUUGGACACAGAUAUGUGUCCCAAGAUAUCAGAUUUUGGUAUGGCCAGGAUAUUUGGUGGAAGCGAACGACAAGUAAACACAACACGAGUUGCUGGUACAUACGGCUACAUGUCUCCUGAGUAUGCUAUGCAAGGCUCAUUCUCUGUUAAGUCUGACACCUAUGCUUUUGGUGUUCUACUACUGGAGAUUGUAAGCAGCUUAAAGAUCAGCUCAUCCCUAAUAAACUUUCCAAACCUCAUUGCUUAUGCAUGGAGCUUAUGGAAAGAUGGAAAUGCAUGGGAAUUGGUGGACUCAUCAAUUUCUGUGAGUUGUUCACUUCAGGAACUGGUACGAUGUAUUCAGUUAGGCCUUCUGUGCGUCCAAGACCAUCCAAAUGCGAGGCCACUCAUGUCUUCCAUCGUGUUCAUGCUGGAGAAUGAAACGGCCCCACUUCCUACCCCAAGAGAACCUCUAUAUUUUACAGUUCGGAACUACGAAACUGAUCGAUCAAAUGAAUCCGUGCAAAGAUAUCUGAAUAACAUGAGUAUCACAACUCUAGAGGCGCGUUAGAUUUUUAGUUUCAUCGUUACUUAAAUUUGUAAAACUUCUUCUUGUCUGUGCUAGCGUACAAUUACACUAGCCAUUCGUGCUUGUACAUGAAAGUGUUCCAAUAAGUGUAUGUUGUAUUUUCCAUCAGCGAUUUGUGUUAAAACAAUAUUAUCCAGGUUGUCACUAAUUUGCACAUC